AUGAGCUCCGCCAUCGCCGGCCCCUCCGCCUCGUCCUCGGACGACAUCGACAUGCCCCCCGCAUCCGCACCCUCUCCCUCCACAGCAGCCGCGAUCUCCGCAGCGCUCGACUCGGACUCGGACGCUCCGGAGGACGAGUACGAGAUCGAGCACAUCGUUUCGCACUCGGACAUCACCACCGACGGUCAAUUCUCCUACUACGUCAAAUGGAAAGGUUAUCCCGAGAGCGAGAACAGUUGGGUGUUCGAAUCUGAUAUGGGAGGGGCGCAGGAGAUGAUCAAGGAGUACUGGGCGAAAGUGCCCAAAAAGUCCGUCAAAAAGAUGGGGGUCAAGAAGGGGAAGCGUCACUCCCAUGUCGGAGGGAGUCCAGAGGUGAAGGUGAAGAAGAGUGCGAUGGUGGAGGUCAAGAAGGCGAAGCGGUUGGCACCAUCUCGGUCGCCAACUCCAAGGGAUUCGUUUGUCGAUAUCGAGGAUGCCACCAUCCAACGAUUGCGCAACGACCCCACGUUGAGCGAGGAGGACCGCGAAAGUCUGAUCGCGCAACACCAACACGUACUCCAAAUCGAGACGCUGCGCAAGCGAUACGCGAGGAUUCCGGAUUGGGACCCUAUCGUCCGACGCAUCGAAGCCGUGGAAAAGACGUCCAACGACAAGCUCCGCGUGUUCGUGCUGUUCAACCGCGGCGAUCGGUUGGCAUUCGAGGCCAACGUUGUGCACCACCGAUGCCCGUUGAAGCUGCUACAGUUUUACGAGGGAAAUUUGCGAUUUAAGCGGAGGGAGGAGGGCGAGGGGGAGAGGAGGGAGAUGCGCGGGGAAGAGGAUCUGAGUGCGUUGGAGGAGUAUAGGAAGACGAAUGGCGAGGAGGAGGCGGUUAUUGUUGAUGACGCGGCGACGGUCGAACCCGGUUCGAGCGUCUAUGGUGACGUGGUGGAGAAUGGUGUCAACGGUACCAAUGGCACCACUGAGGCGGUUGAUGAGGUGGAGACGGAGGAGACGCUGCCCGCCGCAGCAGAGGUCGCGGAUGAGGUUAGUGCCAGUGCGGCUAUUGUUGACGCCCAGGAGGAUGCUUAG